AUGAACACGACUCCGACCUCUGUGCUGGCCCUGUCGCAGGCAGAGGAGCGCUCGAGCUGGUCGGGCAGCCAGCAGACAGUGGUGGAGAAGGAGACAGAUGCCAGACUCUGCGCGCAGGGACCCUACCUCCGCCCCGCUGCCUGGCUGAAGCCACAAGGAACCCCAAGGCAAGCAAACACGCCGGCCCCGUGCAGCGCCGAGGUCCGGCACCUGGGUGUGGAGCCACUGGUGCGGGCAUCACGGGCUAAUCUGGUGGGCACAAGCUGGGGGUCAGAGGAUAGCCUUUCAGUGGCCAGCGACCCCUACGGCAGUGCCUUCAGCCUGUACCGAGGACGGGCGCUCUCGCUCCAUGUCAGCAUCCCCCAAGGGGGUUACCGAAGAGAUGACCCCCACAGCGGCUCUGUCUCUCCAAAGCCUGGCGCCGAAGCCCCGUGGUCACCCGCUGCCCCGCCACUGACUGCCAAGCCACCCCUCAUCCGCUCGCCAUCUCCCCCCCUCCCACCCCCCACCAGCGCCACAUCCCAGCCUGCUGCCCGUGGCCCUGGCAUCCCCUCCUCCACACCCGUCACACCCCGCAAGAAGUCCUCGGUGCCAGUCGAAUACCAGGACACUGUCCCUGAGGAGUACGAGGAGAAGAUCAAGAAGCCCAAGUCCUCGGGGUACUCGCAGGGCAGCACACAAGAGUCCCGUCCCCAGACACCCAUGAGCGACACCUCUGGCCGCAUCUCUGUCCGGAAAGCUGCAUCCUUCGACGAGCGCGGAAAGUUUGCCAGCCGCAUCUACGCCAUUGAGCACAAGUUUGCAGAGGAGCUGACCCGCAUCAAGUGGACGGUCUCCAAGCAGCAGCUGCGGCGGUCCCAGGAGCUGUGCAAAGCUGGUGUGGCGCUGGUGGGACCUGAUGGGGAGCCGGACCUGGGAGGGCAGCGUGGGAGGAAAGCCCCAGCGCGGGGCAGGGUGGUGGCCAAGUCCUCUGAUGACUCCUACGUCUCUGCGGGUGAAGACCCCCUGGAAGCCCCCAUCUUUGAGAUCCCCAUUCAGGACAUGGCGGUGGCCGUGGGGGCAGAGGUGCUGCUCAAGUGCAUUGUUACUGCCAACCCCCAGCCAGAAG